AUGGUUUCCCGAAGCCUCUUUCUCCUCGGAGCCGCUGGCCUUGCUGCCGCUCAGUCAUCCGUCGUGUCGAUGUUUAUUAUCGAUACUGACCCGCAACCUUUGGUCGGUUCAGUGAUCGGCGAGAGUGCUGAACAAACCACCUAUCUCGUUCAAUGCAAGUCUGGAACACCCAGCGAUGAGUGUGGCAUGGGUCCCGGUGUGACUAUGAUCUGGGGUCCCAGUACCGCCGUUUGGUCGAUGAAUGAAUCGCCUGCAUUCUACGGCAGUGUUGGCUGUUCUAUGGGCGGCACCACAGCCGCCGUGUGCACCGAGUCAUUUGGCGGCAGCGAGGCCAACUUCCCUGGAAAGUCGACUACUUCUCUGGGGAAAGACGAUAUCACUCUUCUUCCAGUCACGAUCACUGCUGGUCCUUCGAACGGAGCCUCGGCAAUGACGACCACAGCUCAAUCGACCGAGUCGCCAUCCAUGUCGAGUGUUAGCACUGGCAGCAAUACGUCGGGAGCUUCGGGCACAGCUGCCUCUACCAUGUCCACUGGAAAUAGUAUCGGUGGUAUUGCGCAAAUAACUGGGAAUGCUGGGCUCGCCUUCGGUGGAAUGGCUGUGGCUAUGGCUGCUGUCGCUCUGUGA